GCCGUCGUGUCGGGAUUGGAAUGUUACCGACUAACAAUCGGAACAACUGAGCACUCGGUAAUUGGACACUAAGAUCACGGAAUCCCGUCUUUUAGAACAUUAUUUUCAGUUAUUAAUCCAGUUUGAGGUUCCUCUUUGCUUCGCCCGUGUCGACCGGAUAACUUCGCCUGCUGCGUGGUUUCUCCGCCGAUGAGGUUUUUAUUUUAUAUCCGCGCGUUUGAGUGUAUGUGGGGAGGUAAUAAAUAGAAGAGAAAUGCAGGGAUUCGUCAGGUUACACUUGUACCGCUGAGCUGCCCCUGCUCUGAGACGCAUUCGCCGGUGUUUUGCUUCUCUUCACCGGGACAAUGGAAAGGUAAAAGAGAGGGGAGGAAGACAAAUUCAAACCGAGGCGUUUGGGUAGGAGCGCGGUGCUUAGACCGGUUUUAUACCCGGUCAACGUGUUACCCAGUUUAACAUCUAAACCGGACUGUACCUUUACAUCUGGGAGAGCCUCGGGGACCCCAAGCCGCUCUUCGUCAGGGAAGAGAGUUUCCAGGCGGCUGUCGGACAGUUUUCUGUUGGAAUAACCACAAACAGCCUACCUGGAUGAGGCUGAGAAUAAGUACAGGGGAAGAGUCGCGGCAAAUGAUUGUGUCCGAGAGGAUCCGGGCAGCGCUGAUCUUUAGGUGCACCAGAGCCCCGCUGUAGGCGUUGUGCGAUAUGGUGAAACUCAACAGAAGAGGGAGAAAGGGACAACACUUAUAAAAUCGCCCACAUGCACUGGAUCAGUUGCUGGAUUUGGGAACCGAAUACGCAGAAGGGGGGUUGGGGAUCCUUGGAAGCUGCCGGAGGAUGGAGCGGUGUCGCCGGGGUUGGUGAGAGCCUAAUUUCGGGCCACUUUACAUUUCUUAUUCCUGAACAACUCGCCUCUGUUUCCAGGACACAUGCAGGCCAAAAAACGCUACCUGAUCCUGCUCUCCGCCGGUGCAUGUCUAGUGCUUCUCUUCUACUUUGGAGGGGUUCAACUUCCAGCGGCGAGCAGGAGCCGGCAUGACCGCAGCAGAAAUGGGUACCGACCAGAUCAGCCCUGGCCGCACUACUCGGACCCUUUACAUCCUUUCCUGCCCUGGGAUAUGACGGACACCGAGGAGUACAACCUGCACAUAUCUCCGAGGCAAAAGAGGGACGUCAAUACGAGUGUUUACAAAGGUAGACGGUGUCGCAUGGAUUCAUGCUUUGAUUUCUCUCAGUGUCAGAAGAAUGGAUUUAAAGUUUAUGUUUACCCCCAGCAGAAAGGGGAGAAGAUAUCAGAGAGUUACCAAAAUAUUUUAUCGACCAUUGAGGGCUCCAGGUUUUACACCUCGGACCCUGGACAGGCGUGUCUGUUCGUCCUAAGCUUGGACACUCUGGACCGGGACCAGCUGUCCCCUCAAUACGUCCACAACCUGAAGACUAAGGUCCAGAACCUGCCUCUGUGGAACGAUGGCAGGAACCACCUUAUAUUUAACUUGUACUCGGGGACGUGGCCGGACUAUACGGAAGAUUUGGGCUUUGAUAUUGGUCAGGCGAUGUUAGCCAAAGCCAGCAUCAGCACCGAGAACUUCAGGCCUAACUUCGACGUGUCGAUCCCCCUCUUCUCCAAGGAGCAUCCCAGGACCGGCGGAGAGAGGGGGUACCUUAAGUACAACUCCAUCCCGCCUUUUAGAAAAUACAUGCUGGUGUUCAAGGGGAAACGCUACCUGACGGGCAUCGGCUCGGACACGAGGAAUGCCUUAUAUCACGUCCACAACGCGGAGGAUGUGGUGCUGCUCACCACCUGCAAGCACGGCAAAGACUGGCAGAAGCACAAGGAUGCGCGAUGUGACAAGGACAACGCAGAGUAUGACAAAUACGAUUACAAGGAGAUGCUCCACAACUCCACCUUCUGUUUGGUGCCUCGUGGCAGACGGCUAGGCUCCUUUCGCUUCCUCGAGGCGCUGCAGGCUGCAUGUGUGCCGGUGAUGCUGAGUAAUGGCUGGGAGCUGCCUUUUUCUGAGAUCAUUGACUGGAACACGGCUGCAGUCAUCGGCGAUGAGAGGCUCCUGCUGCAGAUUCCAACCACGGUGCGCUCCAUCCACCAGGAUAAGAUCCUGUCCCUCAGACAGCAGACUCAGUUCCUUUGGGAGGCAUACUUCUCCUCUGUGGAGAAAAUAGUGCUGACUACACUGGAGAUCAUCCAGGACCGUGUGCUGGAGCACGGCUCCAGGAGCAGCCUGAUGUGGAACAGUCACCCUGGGGGACUGUUUGCUUUGCCGCAGUAUUCCGGAUACCUGGGAGACUUCCCCUUCUACUACGCCACACUGGGUAUUAAACCGUACCCUAAGUUCACAGCGGUCAUCCAUGCUGUCUCCCCUCUGGUGUCUCAAUCCCAGCCCAUACUCAAGCUACUGGUAGCUGUGGCCAAGUCCCAGUACUGUGCACAGAUAAUCGUCCUGUGGAACUGUGACAAGCCUCUCCCUGCAAAGCACCGCUGGCCUGCCACCUCUGUGCCCGUCAUUGUCAUCGAGGGAGAGAAUAAGGUCAUGAGCAGCCGCUUCCUGCCCUACGAGACCAUAGUGACCGAUGCUGUCCUCAGCCUUGAUGAAGACACAGUGUUGUCCACCACAGAGGUGGACUUUGCAUUCACCGUAUGGCAGAGUUUUCCUGAGCGAAUUGUGGGUUACCCAGCCCGAAGCCACUUCUGGGACAGCAACAAGGAGCGCUGGGGUUACACAUCCAAAUGGACCAAUGAUUACUCGAUGGUCCUCACCGGUGCUGCCAUCUUCCACAGGUACUAUCACUACCUGUACACCAACUACUUACCCACGAGCCUAAAGAACAUGGUGGACCAGCUGGCCAACUGUGAGGACAUCCUGAUGAACUUCCUGGUCUCUGCUGUCACCAAGCUGCCACCCAUUAAGGUCACACAGAAGAAACAGUACAAAGAAACCAUGAUGGGGCAGUCUUCUAGAGCUUCUCGCUGGGCCGACCCGGACCACUUCGCCCAGCGGCAGACCUGCAUGAAUAAGUUUGCCAGCUGGUUUGGCACCAUGCCGCUCGUCCAUUCCCAGAUGAGACUGGACCCCGUCCUCUUCAAGGACCAGGUCUCCAUCCUCCGGAAGAAAUACAGGGACAUCGAGAGGCUCUGACAGGACCGCCGCCCCCUUGGGGUUGACCCCACGCAGGGGGAGGCACGCGAGAGAGACUCUGUGGAGAGCAGGAGGAGUAGUCGGACUACAGCAGGAUUGACAGGGAGAGACGCUGCUCUGUCUUCCACUCAGCACAUUGCCAAUGACCACAGCGCCGCUGCUGCCAGGACUUGAUGCAGGAGGGGAUGAUAAGAAAACCAGCAGAUGGCAUAUGAAUAUGAAAGAAAAGAAAAAAAAAACAAUGCAAACACGGACAAACUGAUGGACAGGCCAAACAGUACUGUAUGUUUCACAAAUGUGCAAACACACAGCACACACUACUGACAACAACAACUAUUGGAUAGAAUAUUUUUUGUACACCAUUAACAAGGAUGACUUAAACUCUCUGGCUCUUUCUGCAUAUGUGCAGCAUGGUAGAAGAGGGAAGGUGUUUGUGAUCGCAGAGUCGCAACCCAACCUACCACAAAUCCUACUGGUCGUCCCUAGCAACCCCCCCCUCGUCUGCAUCAGGACAUAAUACUGGACUCACUACAAAACUCCUGCUUUAUAGCUUGAGAUUAUUUUUGUUUUCAGAGUUCAAAAAGGUAAACAGCAGUGUCCAAAGCUGUUACUACAGUUCUCUUUUCCUUUCUUUUUUAGAUUAAAGCGGCUAUUAUUUCCUGAUGGUUUCAGCUAUUGACACACAUUCUUAAGCCUGAAGUCUACAAACAUCCAGCCUGCCCCAUCCUUGGCUCAUUCCAUUUUGUUGAUAUGGCUUUUCUAACAAUCUGCUUCCCUGUUAUCACUGAAAUAAGUUAGAAAAACAUCUCAUGUCCCAUUUUCCUCUCACCCUCGCCACAGCGGUUGUACUUUUCUCAUCUUUUUCCCCCACUUACUUUCAUCAUCUUUUAUUUUCCCCUUUAAGCUUGCUGUACUUUCGCUAGGCUGUGUUUGUGUGUGUGCAUGCACGCGUUUGUGUGUACAGAGCCUUGAAAAGUUGGCUCAUCCAACCAUAAGCUUGAGCGAAGUACAUUUUCCCUCCGUUGGAAUGAGUGAAAUGAACAUUUCUGGGUGAAAUGGAGCAUAACGUUGCAUUCUAACCCAAACCCUUUUUCUCGCUCCCCCCCUUUCUGUACAGCCUCAGAGCGCUGUCCUUGCAGGGAGAAAUGGAUUCAAAUUUCAGACCAUCACUGGUCUUUAGUGACCAGCAUCAUUUUAGAAGAGUGUUUAUAGCGAGAUUUUUAACGCUGAGCGCGUCAGUGCCAUUCUGACAACAGGGGCUGCCUUUAAAAUCGUUUCUUGCACGUCACGUUGCCGACAUCAGUUUGAGAUGCCUAGAUGCUUGUUGUGUUGAAAUAUUCUCAUUAGUCCAUUGUGCUCUUGUGCUGUUUUUUCUUCUUUUCUUCCCAUUUCCCUUGACAUAUCAGAGGUCCUCAGAGCCAUUAAACUGACAAAAGGUUUUCUCCUCCAUUUGUCAGACAGAGACGCGUUCAGGCCUCAAUUAAGUAAACCUAUUUCAUUUAGAGAGCAGUUUUAUUCCCAGGAGACAAGCUGUUGAUGAAACGCUGCACAUUAUGGGCCACUGUGUUGUGAAAACAGUGACCCAGAAACAUGACCUGCUGGUUAAUGCUAGCCUCGGGAGGAUAGAUUUGCCCCAUCCUUGACCACACCCUGCCCUUCCUUGCUGUUACAACAUCCGCUCACAUCUCUGUUGCAUCUAUGACUGAUAGACAGCUUUCACUUUAAAUAAUCUUAAUGGUUUUAGACAAGCAGAUCAAAAUAUACUUAGAUGCUGUCUCCAUUUUUUAUUGGUAGAAUCAAAUAGAUCAGAAAUCACAUUUAGUCUGCAGACACUUGAAUAAAAGCAAAAUGCUUUUAGUGGCCUUUCUAUCAGGCAGGCAUUCAGCAUAAUGUCUCAGCCAUAACUGUUCACUGUCUUCAUCAUUUCGUCUAUAUCAAUGUUGCACAUUCAUCUUUACGUUCAAGGUUUUUGUUGUUUUUCUUGAAAUGAUGUAAAAUGUAUCAUAAAGCCUUCACUUAGUCAAGGUGGCAAGUAAAGCUUCUCUGUCUCAGCGUAUCAAACCCAGCAGGACUAACAUGUUUACUCGCCUCAUUUCAUUGUUUAUUUUCAUGUUUCUAUGAAAGGUUGGAGUAUGAUUUGCUGGCCAGGAGAAAUUUAUCAUCCGUUUGAUGUGGAGUCGCAUGAAAAAGCAUUCGACCGUCAUGAGAAUGCCGAUUCCGGGAACAACAUAUUCCUAAUUUUGUCUGCAUCUGGUCCUGAUUUUAACUUCAAAAGGACCAUAUUGUUUGAAUCCAUAUCAAGCCUUUUAUGUCAGAAUGUUUGAAUUACUGUUGUUCAUCAUUAUAUGAAAAACCCUACCCCCCCACCACCACCCCUCCAGCUUUGCAGAUAAUUCGCACAAAAUACACCAACAAUUUAAAAUCCCUGCACUGUACAUAGAUAUUUAUUUUCCAUAAAAAAAAGGAAAAAAAUGUACAAUGUGAGAUGACAUGAGAAUAUUAAGACUGAUCCUGCAUCGCUGAGGGGAGUGUGUGGUAUUUGUUCAGUUUAUUUUCUACACGCUGUGCACAUCAGUCCACGCAGAUGCCAAUAUACCGCUCAUAUUAUGUCUCACUCUGCAUCGGUUUUCCCAGGAAAACAUCCAUCACGCUGCAGUACUUUUUUUUUUUCUUUCUAAUAACUCCCAGAGAGCGAUCUAACAUUUUCAGCAUCAUCACAGUAGUUUUAACUUCUGAAAAGAUUGAAUACACCAGUGAUCUGGAAUUGGAUUGGGCAACACCAUCUUGGCUCUCCACAGGAGUCAAAUUAUAAAGUCCCAAUAAAGACUACACCAACUGACACAUGGAAAAUAAUAAGCAGCUGGGUCUCCUGUACCAGAUGGAAACAUUUCAGUUAGUGCUGCAACAUCCUCCCCUCGUUCAUUACAAUAAUGGGACCGAGGCUGUGACACAGUCGUGCUUAAAUUGCCUCUUUCACAGCUUAGCAACAGAAAGAGUCCCAUCUUUCAAUCAGUGUGGUUAUUUUAAGUAAAAAUCUCAGCCUGAGUGCGAUGCAUGGAAGUCAGGCUCCUGGGAAAACCUCUGCAUCUGGCGAAACGCCUUUAUCAUUUCAUCAGGGGAACAUUAUGCAAGUCAUUAUGUUGAACUUCAAUACAGUUGGAAGAAAGUUUACCCAAAAUGUGCCAGGCAGUUGGUGUUUAUAGUGGCAGCAGCAUGUGCGCUGGAAACUAGUCUGUUCUUGAUUUGUGCCUUUUAAAAACAAGUGAGUUCUUGACACCGAGUGCUGUCCAUCAUAUACUGGUUUCCAGUAGACCAGAGGCAGCAGCACUUGGUACAAGGACCGAACAUCCCUAACUUCAUACACUGGAUGAGUCACAGCUUCCAUCCUGUUAUGAUGCCACAUUUUCAUGUUUGGACACUGUUGCUAUAGCAACAACGCAUGACCCACUUCCCAUUUCUGAUUAUUUAUCUGCAACCCGUUGUGUUGCACAGCCGGUCGGUGGUAAUAACUGUUGAUCUGUAAGGACUCGGUUAAGCCCAGCUGUCCUGAUGCCUUCUCCUCCCUCCUACCUUGUAAUUAGGAAAAGACUUUUAUAGAGGCCACAAAUGAAAUAGAUAAAUGCCAAUUUUGUAAGAAUGAUUUAUAAAAAAAAAAUUAAAUAAAACUCAUAUUUGAUUAUAA